CGUCCUCGGUCCCCAGGUCCCCGCGCGCGGUCCCCGCAGCGGCCCCGACAGCGGCGCGCCACGGCGCAGGCUCCGCGGCCCGAGCAGGCGCGUCAGCCGAGCUCGGCGGUCGCGCGGGCGGCGGGGACGCGGCUGCCCCCGCUCUGCGCCCGCUGCACCCCCAGCAGCCACCGCCACCUGGCCCAGAGCUGCCACUAUCUCACCCGGCAGCUGCGGGCAGGGGCGACUCCGGAUCGAUCUUCUGAAAUUUAACUUUUCAAGAUGAAGUUUUUAUUGGUGAUCGCCUUUUUUAUUUUAAUUUCCUUGUGGGUUGAAGAAGCCUAUUCUAAAGAGAAAUCUUCAAAGAAAGGAAAGGGAAAAAAGAAGCAGUAUCUAUGCCCAUCUCAGCAGUCAGCAGAGGAUCUGGCUCGAGUACCUGCCAACUCCACUAGCAACAUCUUGAACAGACUGUUGGUCAGUUAUGAUCCCAGGAUAAGACCAAAUUUCAAAGUUGGUUAUACAACUGAUGAUUUACGAUUCAUCUGGCAGUCAGGGGAUCCUGUUCAGUUAGAAAAAAUUGCCUUGCCUCAAUUUGAUAUUAAAAAGGAGGAUAUUGAAUAUGGUAACUGUACAAAAUACUAUAAAGGCACUGGAAUGAUGGACUACAGAGUUAACAUCUUCCUGAGACAAAAAUGGAAUGAUCCCAGACUGAAGCUUCCUAGUGAUUUUAGGGGCUCAGAUGCCCUGACAGUGGAUCCCACGAUGUAUAAGUGUUUGUGGAAACCUGAUUUAUUUUUUGCAAAUGAAAAAAGUGCCAAUUUUCAUGAUGUAACCCAGGAAAAUAUCCUCCUCUUUAUUUUUCGGGAUGGAGAUGUUCUUGUCAGCAUGAGGUUAUCUAUUACUCUUUCAUGCCCUUUGGACUUGACUUUGUUUCCCAUGGAUACACAACGUUGCAAGAUGCAACUCGAGAGCUGUAUAUCAUUCGCCUUGAGAGCACCCCUGGUUGUAUGCGGUGAGAACCUCAUAUCUUUAAUGUGUUUGUUUCUGAAAGGCUACUACACCUGUGUGGAGGUCAUCUUCACCCUGAGGAGACAGGUCGGGUUUUACAUGAUGGGCGUCUAUGCCCCCACCCUGCUCAUUGUCGUUCUUUCCUGGCUUUCCUUCUGGAUCAACCCGGAUGCCAGUGCUGCCAGAGUGCCCCUGGGUAUCUUCUCAGUCCUCAGCUUGGCCUCUGAGUGCACGACCCUCGCUGCUGAGCUCCCCAAAGUGUCCUACGUGAAGGCUCUCGAUGUUUGGCUCAUCGCUUGUCUUCUCUUCGGGUUUGCCUCUCUGGUGGAGUACGCCGUCGUCCAGGUGAUGUUGAACAACCCCAAAAGGGUUGAAGCAGAAAAAGCCAGAAUUGCUAAGGCUGAGCAAGCAGAUGGAAAAGGUGGAAACGUGGCUAAGAAGAAUACUGUGAACGGUACAGGGACUCCUGUUCAUAUUAGCACUUUGCAGGUUGGUGAAACUAGAUGCAAAAAGGUUUGUACUUCUAAGUCUGAUCUGAGAUCGAAUGAUUUCAGCAUUGUUGGAAGCUUACCAAGAGAUUUCGAAUUAUCCAAUUAUGACUGCUAUGGAAAACCCAUUGAAGUCAACAAUGGACUUGGGAAAUCUCAGGCAAAGAACAACAAGAAGCCUCCCCCUGCCAAACCCGUUAUUCCAACAGCAGCAAAGAGAAUUGAUCUUUAUGCAAGAGCAUUGUUUCCUUUCUGCUUCUUGUUCUUCAAUGUUAUAUAUUGGUCUAUAUAUUUAUGAUAAAGUUUUUCCAUUUGUAUAAAAUAAAAUUCCAUUUCAUUGUGACCAAACCAACUUACAAAUGCCAAUCUGUGAAAAUUUUUUCAUUUUCAUAGCAAUAUAUUGCAUUUCGGAUGACAUUGGAUUGUAAAAAAAAAAAAAUGUGACACCUUCAUUUUGAAUGGCAGCAUGAUUACAUAAUAUCUAUGCUCUAAUAAUGAUGUAUAUACAUAUAAUGAACAUAUUGCUUUAGGAAUAAAUGAAAGAUAAAUAUACUACAUAAUGUAAAUGCAAACAGCUCUCUUCAGUUAAUAUAAACUGCAAAUACUUCAGAUAAUUCUGAUAAUAAAAUGAUGUGCACGCUGAAUCCUGUUAUGGUCACCAUUCUAAUGUAUGUAGGAUUUCAAAUUUCCUCCCUUGUAACUUUCAAAGAAAACCAUCUUAUUCUUGUAUAAUUUUAGAAGGUAUUAUCACAGAUUAUGCAAAAUUGCAUUACAUAUUGUUUAAACUUUGUAAGUAGAAAUAUAUUGCUAUAAUUAUGCAGGCUCUAUGGAAAAACAAAGUUCAAAAAUUAUGAAUUUGUAAAAUCAA